AUGGAUGAUUCCAACCAAGAUUCAUACGAUUUGUUUCCAGAACUCUCUCUUAUAUCCAUAUCCCAGCAACACCUUUUGCAAAGCACCCCUUUCGUCGGAGACACUUUACCCAACAAUACGCCGUCGGAAAUUGACGCCGGUAUCAUCCCAGUCUCCUCUCCUCCCGAUACCAACCAAGACGUUUUUCACACUCCGCCCGAGGAUAACAUUGAUGUUCCUCACUGUGCUGUUAAUCAGACCAUUGAUGUCGACCAUGAGUCUCAGGUGUUCGUUGAUUUGGCUGGAGUUUCCGAAUUAGGGUUUCCGGAGAACUCGCAACGUGUUGAUGGAGGUGGACUGGUUGAUGAAUUUAGGGUUCUAGAAAGGGGUAUUUCUGAAUUAGGUCAAGUUCCUGAGAUAAAAUUGAAAUUAGGUUUUCAUUCUUUGGGAAAUUUCAAUGCUGUGGGAUGUGAACAAGUGAAUGUAGAUGCUGCAAAAAAUGAUGAUUUAAACAGAGAGAUUCUGGUGGCUGAAAACUCAGUAUCAGAAAAUGUUGAGAUGCAAAAUGCUGAGGUUGUAGAAGGUUCUGGAUUGCUGCCAAUGCCGGAGAGUGAAUUGGAAUCUGGGAAGGAUAAAGGGAAGCAAAAGAUUUCUGUUUUUGAUGUAUUGAAAGUUCUCUCUGAUAGCAAUAAAGAUGAAGAUGAAGAUCACGAUAGUGAUGGUCUUACUGUGUUGGAAGCUGCAAAACUUGCUGGUAUUACGUUUCCUAGACCGAGUUGGUGGCCAGAUCAUUAUGCGUGUAAAUUAUUCAACUUCGAUGAUGAUGAUCAGGUUAGACCAUAG